UCUAGACCAGUCGAAACCGGCCAAUGAGAAAGCUCAUGGUCACAGUCAAUUUGGCUUGCAGACUUGCUAACACACUGCCGUCAGAACACUUCGUGCGCCAAACUGGAUAACUAAGAAUUGGAGGUGUGAACCCAAGACGAUGGCGAGCGUAGUGGAAAAGUCAACAUUUCGGCGUAAUUUUCAACGCUGGGUCCAGAUGAACUAUGGCGAGAACAGUCGUACUAAGACCAUCACUCGCACUAAAUAUAACAAAAUUUGCAGAUAUUUAUUAGGGGAGCCACUGAUUGAGACCGAUGCCAAAUUCAGGUUUUGGGUGAAAUCGAAAGGAUUUCGUAUUGUACAGUCGGAGGAUAUGUCUGCCUAUGGCACCCUAUACGUUCCUGUCAAGGUCCCUCACACACGGAGUGUAGAUGCCAUGUAUCCGUACGAGGACAGCAUAGGAGUGCGGACCCAGGUCUUGGAGUACAGGCGUGUAGCAGUAGCGGACGACUUCUUCGAUAUUAUUAGCAGCGUUCACAUCAACGAGCGGGGAAUUCACGUUGGACAGAAGAAGACGUACCGAGCGGUGGCCAAUACGUAUGCCUUCCUUCCUCGUGAAGCAGUUUCGUACUACCUAAUGAGCUGCAGUAUCUGCAAACUACGGAUUCAACGAUGCAACUCCAUUCUACUUAAGCAUGGAAGACCAGUGACUCCCACUUCUGAUCUGGAAUCAUCAGAUGCUGAAGCAUCCAUAUCCAGUCAUGAUUCUGAUGAUGAAAGUUAUGGACUUAGAAGAUUCAAGAAAGAGCCACCAGAUGUUGUUUAUGAAGAGAAUGGAGAAAGAAAUGGUAUGCUGACAAACAGAGAUAGUGCUGAAACAUCAAUCAAUGGAAAUCAGGGAAACCUUGUAUCCAAAGAAGGUUAUCAAACAUAUUCAUCAGACCAUAAACAAGAAGUCAUUAAUUAUGCAAAAGAAACAACUGUAAGAGAGGCUGCACGCAAGUAUAACGUACCAAGAUCAACAGUGCAAGUAUGGUGCAAACAUGGGGCAAGUGUUAAGAAAGAGAAACGCUCACCACUGAGCAGUGGUGGGAGACGGUUAAGCUACUCAAGUGAAACUGAUGAUAAAUUGUUACAAUGGGUAAUAAAAGAACAAGAAAAUGGAACUCCUGUUACCAAGGAUGCCAUUCAAGUGCAAGCUAGACACAUGGUGCGAGAUGAGUGUCCAGAUUUCAAAGCCUCAAGUGGAUGGGUAGAGAAGUUCAUGUCACGUCACAAUCUAACAAUUGCCACAACAAUGUCAUCUUCUAGUGCAAUUCCUAUUUCUUAUGUUAUUGCAUCACCUGCAUCAGCACCAAGCCCUAUUGGAGCCAAUCACAGCUCUUACAGCCCCAGAGCAGAUGGAAGAAGCUGUACUAGUGAAGAUACAAGGAGUGACAGUGGACGAAGUGAUGAAGAAGAUGACAUUGAUGAUGGUGCAGCAUCCCUUGACAACAUUCCACCUACUGUUAACCAAUCAGUGAUCAGGGAACCACCAAAUAUCAGUGAGCUUCUCAAACCCUCCACAAUGGGAAGCUCAUCAACCAGCAACAUUAAAGAUGAUGAUGAUGAUGAUGGUGAAGGGGAAGAUGGUGAUGGUGAUGGCGAAAAGAAUGAUACUGGAGUUGUAAAUCCUGAAAGACUAAAAGCAUUCAAUAUGUUUGUAAGACUAUUUGUUGAUGAGAAUUUGGAUCGACUUGUACCAAUAUCUAAACAACCAAAGGAUAAAAUCCUUGCGAUUAUCCAAUCCUGUCAAAGGCAGUUUCCUGAAUUUCGUGAUCGAGCCAGAAAAAGAAUCAGAACAUAUCUCAAGUCAUGCAGAAGAUUAAAGAAGCUAAAGGAGCCAUUGAAACGCACAGCAGAUCAGAUGAAUAUCCUUGCAUCAGCCUGUGCUAGUGAAGUAGAGAACUCAAAGAGAGCACGUUUGGACACAGAUACACCUGCAACACCACCAGCAUCUAAUUCAAACAUGACUGCAACAUGCAUGACAGUAACUUCACCAGCAAUUAAAUCUCGUGCCAGUUCACAAUGCCAGCUGAGCCCCAGUGAAAUCCAAGCUAUCCGACAUCUAAUACAAGGAUACAGAGAAUCAGCUGCCUUUUUGUACAGAUCAGCAGAUGAGUUAGAGCAACUGCUACCUCCCCCUUAAAUGACGACACUCUCUGAGUGAAAUAGAGUUGAAUUUGUAGCCAUAUCUUUGGGUAUCCAAAGCUUGAUGGAGUUGAUUGUGUAUAUUGGACAUCUACACUGCUCACAGUUCAAUAGAUGGCCACUUGGUAGAUAUUAUCGGAAAAACAAAAUCAAAUUGUUGUUUUGUUUUGACAAAUUCAAGUUUAUGGAAAUCAAGUUUAUGAAAAAGURCAACCUAAAAGAAUGAGUUAGUUCAGCCAUUAUUUAUGUAGUAAAUUAAAUUGGGAUUAACGGCUGUUAAAUAUGAAGAUAAAGGGGUUCGAUACUGCAUUUAUUGAUGUAGAAAAAGAGAUAUUUGUUGAAUUUCUAACUUCAAGUAAGAUGUUAGAGUUUGAAGUAGAUUCAGGAGAGUGCAAUUUAAAAUACAGAAAAUUUAAGCAAAGCUGAAAGGAAAUGAUCCGACAGCAGGAAUUCGACCCUGAAAAUGGUCCAAUUUUACUGAAUAUUCUUGUUCAGAAAAGUUUCAGGAUGUACACAUGUACAAUUUCUAAAUAUGGAAGCAUGUUUUGUUCAUUCUGUUUAGCUUGUUUAUGUUACCUGUGUGGUUUUAAMUGCCACUUGUGACUGAGGUGUUUAUGAAUUUGCUCAGUAGGCAACACAUGUGGGAUUGUCUUAACUUUAUUUGUGGAAGCUGUUUUGCUUCUAACAUUCUCAAUUGUCUUGAUUUACUUGAAUACUUGGAUACAUUUCCUUGAUUGUUUUUUGCUUAGAAUAAAGAAUUACAAUUAAAGAGGAACGAUUAAUUUAUGUGCUUUUAUGUUUUAUAAAUUAUUAGUCAAUGUGUAAAGUUAUAGCUGUAUAGAAUGCCCUCGGUGGCUUAAAAACUUAAUUAAACUUUUAGAUAAACAAGUGUGAUUGUCUCUUGGAAACAAUUUCUUACAGUGUAAAGCUCAAUCGUUUGAUUCCAUUAUAUAUUGCUCAAUAACUGUUAUUGGACUUUGAGUGAGAAAAUAGCUUGAAUUAGA